UAUAGUAUACGUAACGCGAACUAUUAAUUUUCAGUACUUGCAGUGAAUAACGAAACAGAGCCUAUAUUUAUAUUCGAAGUAAAAAAAAAUGAAUGUAACGAGGAACUGUCCUUAUUUGCGAUGCAUUUUUUUGCAGAAAUGUGGACAUUGUGGCUGGGUAAUUACUGCCUUGAUUAGGAAAAAUAUUAAAGAUCAUAACUGUUUUAGCUUAUUUGAUGAAGCCACUCAUGUGUUGUGCUCUGAUGGCAACAGCAUAUUAAUGUUUGACAAGGACAAGUUUGUCAGUGCUUCGAAUGAUGAAGUAGAAGAAUUGCAACAGAGUUAAAGAUCAAAUACAAAAGGUAAGAUGACGAAGACUGUGAAGUCCGGAGGGAAACAAAUCGAAAACGAGUACAAUGAAAAACUGAUAGCUGCAGUCCAAGAACGGCCACCAUUAUAUGAUUGCCGAUUGCCUCUAAAAAGUCGGAAUAAUCUUAAAAAAGAAGCAUUGUGGAAAGAGGUUGCGAAUAUCGUACAAGGGGACGAUGACUGUGAUAGAGUCCGUAAAAGAUGGACGCAAUUGAGAGACAGCUAUGUGAAGGCAAGGCGUAAGAAAAGACAGUAUAUCCCAAGUGGAUCAGCAGCUGCAGCAGCUGACGAAUUGAAAAAUACGAAAUUCUCGUUUACUUGGUUCAACCAAUUGCAAUUUCUUGACGACGUACUGCAGCAAGUACCCACUGACAGUAAUUUUGAAGAUAACACUGUUUUUGAUAUUGAAGAAACACAUAUUGCCUGUGAAGAACACAGAGCAAGUUCCGAGAUUUCCAUUUCCGAAACAUCAAAUAUUUCUGUAAGUAGCCAAUUUGGGUCUACCGACGAGCCUUUACAUUCAAAACUUAAUCAACGAGCUUCAAAAAAAAGAAAAAUUGCCGAUGAGGAUAGUGACAUAAAAAAAGCAAUUCUUGCUGCUCUUGAUUCGGAACCACAGUCAAAACAGGACGCUGUUAAUGGAUUUUUCCUACAAAUUGGAGAUCGAUUACGAGCUCUUCCGGUACGCGAGAGACAUGCAUUUGAAGUUCGGAUCUUAUCGCAACUAUAUGACCUAGAAUCAGAACUAUUUAUCGUUUAAAAAAUAUAUUUAGGCGAAUGAAAAC